CUUUUUUUGGACGUGUCUCUAGGGUAUUGCAAGGGCGGCUCCGCUCCGGGCUACACCUGGGAAGACGCUUCAGAGCGAACAACUGAGCUCCAGACUCCUGGAGCAGCUAAAUGCCAGUCAGACCAGCCUUCUGUGAGGUUCGUUCCGUGGCUUGUUGCAGUCGUCGGCCCUCAGGAUGAAGAGGAACCUGGUCUGCUGGUCGCUCGUCGUCUUCCUUGCACUGUUGAGCCGGCACCGGGCAUGGGCGCUGGCGUGCGGGGAGCAGGAAUACUGGACCGUGGAGGGGAACUGUGCCCCCUGUGCGAAGUGUCCCCCUGGAGAGGAGCCCGAUAGGAAGUGCGGCUCUGGGCAAGGCCUAGGCGUGACCUGUCGAGCCUGCUCCCCGGGCACCUUCUCGGCCAGCCAUGGCACGGCGCCCUGCUUGCCUCAGACCACCUGUGAGGCCAGGAAGAGGGUCCACGCCAGCCCUGGGACAGCUGCAGCCGACAGCCGGUGUGGAGGCUGCAUGCCAGGGUUUUACAGCCCUGAAGGAGAGACGGACCCAACAGCCGAAUGCCUGCCAUGCUCCUCUGCUCCCAAAGGCAUGCUGGGCUGCCCAGGUGCGAAGCCGUGGCUGACCCGGCUGGCGAGGAACGUCGAGGCCCUGCACAGACGGGACGAGAGGGCAGCGUCCAAUGGCACGCGGGAUGGGAAGCGGGAGGAACACGCCACGCAGUACGCCGUGCUGGCCAUCGUGCCGGUCUUCUGCGUCAUGGGGCUGCUGGGCAUCCUCUUCUGCAACCUCCUGAAGAAGAAGGGCUACCACUGCACGGCCCACAAGGAGAGCGACGAGGAGGUGGCGAAGGCGGAGAGAGGCGGUAAUAACUCAGCCUACAGAAUAGAAGAUGCCAACCAAGAUACCAUCGGGGUCCUUGUGCAGCUGAUCACGGAGAAGAAAGAGAACGCUGCGGCCCUGGAGGAGCUGCUGAAGGAGUACCACAGCAAACAGGUGGUGCAGACCAGCCACAAGCCUGCCACCAGCAGGCUGCAUUUCCUACCGCACAUCCCCCACAUCUGCCGGCACCAGCACCACCUGCACACGGUGCAGGGCCUGGCCACUCGCUCGGGCCCCAGCUGCACCCGCUGCUGCCAGAAGAAGUGGCCGGAAGUGCUGCUCUCUCCGGAAGCUGCCGCCACUGCCGCAGCCGCCACCAUCCCCGCUCCCGCCAGCGUCGCCCCCAAGCCGGCAAAGCUGGGCGGCAAGGCCAGCCGGCCGGGAGAGAUCACCAUCCUCUCCGUGGGCAGGUUCCGAGUGGCUUGCAUCCCCGAGCAGAAGCCCAACCCUCCAGAAGUGAAAACCAUCUUGGAGUGCAGUGGGGCUGAGCCGGCCGACUCCCCCCGCAGCGGCCUCCCUGCUGAGCAGAAAUCGCUGGUGGGCAAUGGAGCUAGGUCGAAAUGGCUGAAAACGGCCGAUAGCCAACAAGAGGUGAUCAUCUGACUCCCUCACGCACCAGGAGACCUGAGAAGCGGCUCACUUGGAGGCUUCUGGUUGAACAGUCCACCCAAGAAACGCACACCCUGGGCGAUGCUGAAGGCGAAGAGCGACACUCAUUUUCCCCUCGGGAGAGCUCCACCACCCCUGAGAAUCGCAAGGCGCAGGCCCGGGCCGGCAGGGAGGAGCUGAAGGACACGCCCAGCAUCUCAACGCAUUUUUCUUUUAGGGAAGGACUUGCAGGGAGGGGAAGCGGGUGUGGAGGGCUCGGGUGCUGGAACAAUUCAUAUGGUGGGGGUGUGAGCCAUUGAACCAAACUGUAAACCUCGCUUCAAGCCAGCAGGCGCGGCAGCACCCCUAGUUCCAGCACCUAUGGGAGGGAUGGGGGAUUCUUAGCUGCCCAACUGGAAAAACCAUGCUACCUUCUUCAGAUCAUGGGGGCUGUUGCUCCAGCCGAGGGCAGUGUUCUUAAACUAGGGGCUGGGGUAGAUAGAGAGAGAGGCAGCUUGUUGUUGGCUUGGAGCAUGUUCCUACCUCCCAUGGGCUCCAGGAUGAGGUGGGAACGAAGCAUUGCAACAUACCAGGCUGGGGUUGGUGGCUAGUGGUAGUGAUGGCGAGUUUGGCUUUCUCUUUUUCCCCCUUCAUGAACAAAGAGAAACCCAGGGUGACUUGCAGUGAAACUCUCUGGCUGUAGACAGCCCAGCCUAAUGUUACCAAAGCUCUGUCUACUUUCACGUCCCAGUGGUGAUUCCACUAGCACAGUAACGGCACAGCUCUGGCAGUGUGAUUUUUAACAUGUCUUGCCACAUCUGGUGUUUUUUCUUAAAGCCCCAGCUCCUGGGUCCAUGUGAUUAGAGGACACUCUCAGCUUUCAUUAACCCCCCCUUGCUCGCCUCGCCCUAAAUUUCUAGCUCACAUGGUUGCAGAGAAAAGCUUGAAAGUGUGACCCCAAUGGCUCAUAAAUUAAAUGAAAUGAACCCAAAUUUUAGGCUCCCCUGCCCCCCAAAAAUCAUAAUUUUUAAGCCCCUCUGUGAUUUUUUGAAUGUGUGUAGUUGGCCAUGGUGCUCCCAUCUCCCCCUAAGAGGGAUCGUGGAGUUAUAGUAGCUAAUGGUGCUUUAAAGAAACGCACAAAACUUGCAGGGGAGGAAUCCAAACAAGGCACAUUUCCUCCGUUGUUCCUGCCCGCGAGGGAAGCAGGGACCAUGCUCCAUUGAGCUGAGCGGUGCCUAACCCUGCCUCAGACAGUCUUUUUAUUUUGGUUUUUGUGGGGUUGUCUUUUCAGGAAUCUGCAUUUACUGGUUCAGAAGCUCAGGGAUUCUCUGCUUUGGUGUUUUAAUUUUAGAUCUUUGGCAUUAGCGGGAAGAGCCCUGCGGCUGGGUUGUGACAGGAUGGUCAGUGUCUGGGGCCGGGUUCUGCCUGCUGCCCCAGCUUACUCGAGUCAGUGGCUGACUUUGUGUUUGCUGCAGUGGUGGAAGCUGAUUCAGGCCCCAGCCAGGUCUCUGCUUUGGAUGCUAACACUGUACAUGAGGCUGUGAGGAAUUCCUCCCCUUCCCCUUCAAAUUCUCAGCUCAGGGUUACUUUCCAGUUUCUCAGUGAAGGAUUUUUCUUAGAACCUUGUCCGUGGCAGGGGAGAGCAGAGGCUCCGUCAGUUGAGGAUAGUGUUCUGCUGGGGGCAGUUACCCCUCUAAAGAAGGGAAAUUGUUGCUGCUAAGAACGACUUCCCCGAUUUAAAAAAGAAAAACAAACUGUUAAUGGUGACUGAGAGGGAGCGGGGCUUUCGGGCUACCCCCUGGUGUCCAUGAAAGUGCUGGCCAUUCUGCCCACGCCACCCUAGGGCAAUCCACCACCCCCUUUAGGGGGCUACAGGCAGUCAGAUUAAUGAGCCUGUCGGCUUUAGCACCUGUGAAGCCUCUUGACUAUCCUCAGGGCUCCUGGCCAGAGAACCUUGGGCCUGACCCUACUUGGCCUGUUCUCACAUGGCAAUGGCUCCCCAGGUCAGAGAGGGCAUCAUGCAGGAUCUGCCAGGGGGCUGCUGCCAUUUCACUCCAGUUCACUUAGCUCCCAUUCAGAGCUCUCCUCUAUGACCGGGCAUUAUUGGAGGGCCCAUCCUGUGAGCAAUGACUAAUGCUUGGGGGCGCUUACCCAGCAAACCCGCCCUGGGACCACAAACUCCAACAGCAUCUUCUAGUCCUGGCCCUGAUUACACUGCAGCAUUGCUGCCGGGCAUGCGGCACGUUGGCCCAUCACUCUAGCGUAUUGCAGUGUUGCAUUAACAAGACCGCCCCAUAAUUCUCAGUAGGUCAGAAACUCCAAGACUGAGACCUUCAGAAACGAGGCAGGGGGAGCCCUUCUGGCUUUUCAGUGAUAAUAGAUCAGGUAACCUAGGCCCAUGAGCCGCCUCCUCUCGGGUGGGGGGAAGCUUAGGUAUGCAUGUUGCAGCGCUACCAUCAUGUGCUAGACAUGGUGCAAGAUCUGGGGCCAGCAUCUCUGUCCUAGCCCAGCAUGCGGCUGCUGGGCUGGCAUCCCUCACCCCAGCCUUUCUGGGGUGGUAUCCCAUUGUUUACAGUAGGGUUAGUUUUACUAUGUAUUGUCAGUCACUCAGUUGUGUUGUCCAUUGUUCUGUUUUGUACAUCACAUGCUCUGUUAUUUAUAAGGGCAGUGCGGGGAUCUGCUUUUUAACCGUGUUUGUACAGGCCUCCCCAGCAGCUGGCGGCAUCCCCGGCUUGGCCCGUGCCUUUUAUUUAUUGAAGACGAUGUGGUUUUUUUUUUUUUAAAGCCAUCAUUUAUUUUUAGCCUCCUGGUUUAUUUGUGUAAGUCAAUAACUAAAUAAACCCAAUGUCAAGUGAA